AUGCCUCGCCGAGCGAUUCCUGCGGAGCAGAAAGAAAAUGUCGCCCGCUUGCGCGAGAAGUACAAGAACGACCCCUAUGUCCAGGUCGCUGGGGAUCGCACCACUCGACCAAAUGUUGCUAGCGAUCUGCACUCCCGAGCAAGUCAUCAAUAUCAGUCCAUGCAGAAGCUAGAAAGGCACACGGAACGGGCCCAUGUCGCGCAGCAAGUUGGAGACACUAGAGCUGUGUCAAUAUCGUCUACGACCCCCGGAGCUAGUACACCUCCCACACAGCUUCCGCCGCCGCCCCCAGCACCAUCACAGCUCCUAGUCUCUAGAACGACUGAAAAAGGCGUGCGAGACCCUGCAGCUGAGGACGUGGAGGAGUGCCGUACGCCCUCCAACCAGUCCAAUAUGCUUUAUCCUGCUGUUUCUGUCGACCAAACAGGAAAGCCUAGUGUCGAAGACACCAGAGCGCAUCGUGAAAGAAUCUUGCGGGAAUCGAUGGCUCAAGAAGCCACGGAGCGAGAGAGAAACCCUAUUAUCAAUAAUGCUACUUCGUCUGCACUAGAGGCUCCUAUUAUCUCUGGAGCGGUGACCUCACGACUCAUCACGGACCUCACUUUCAGGCCACGACCACAAAUUGAGCAAACGCAGCAAGAAAGACACGGUAAGAGCCCAACAAAAGUGCCACCAGCUCCUGCAGUCGAACAUGCGGAAGCGGCCAACCCCAUAGCCGCGCCAGCAACGUCUGAGGUUGGCCGAAUUGAUCGCCCAUGUAACAGCGGGAGACGGCUCCAAGACACCUUGGAGCAUGCCACUAGGCUGGAGGCAGACCGAGCUCAGCGUCGGCGAGAACGCGAGCUUGACCAACUGUUGCGGGCCUCGAAAACUCGGACAAAAUCCAACCAAGUCAAGGACAGUUCUCAGCAACCGAGUAUUCGUCGACAAGAUGCCAGCCAAAGGAGUCAUUUUGCGACCAAGCCUGCGGCCAAGCCAGCGACGUCGCGAACAGGGGCCCAUACGGCAGCGAACAACGCAACGCGGUCGGAGCUGCGAGUCGAGCUACCAGUGCGAAGGGUACAAGAAAAUAACGAAACUAUGGAAGACGUAAUCGCUGUUACUGCUAACCGACCGCGACAAGCUACAGCUGUGACGAUAUCCUCUACGUCGUCCAGAGAAACUACAUCGACUACUGCCACGGAGCGUGCAGAGUUUCUGACCCCCCGGCCACCACAAUCACCGCCUCCAGUCUGGAAAGCGACCGAUGCGUAUUCUUCUUCUUCAGCGAGCCAAAGCGAAGAAGGCAGCAAUAGACGCUCCGGAAAUGCUUCUGAAGUUACCGAAACGCCUUCGCCCAGUCUUCCAACCGAGGCACGCCCGCAAACCCCAAGCUCGAUGGAUAAGGAUGAGGAUGAGGAUGAGGACGAGGAGAGUUUAGCCUCCCCAUCACGGAAAUUGCCACAACAUCAUCACAUAUCGCCGAUUAGCGGGUUCCAUGAGUCAAGGACAACAUCCCGUGACCGGGCUAAAAUUCGAGCCCGAGAGUCGUCCAUACUUGACAUAGAGGCUUUAAACAUUCGUGACAAGUCAUCACUGGCCUCCACAACAUCGGAAGAAAGUGUGGGAGAUAGAUCACUGAUACCUGCCGGCGAGGCCGAUUCCGACUAUCGACCUUCCUCGCCAAUCCCAAUUGCGGGCGAAGAAUCUGAAGCAUCAACUAUUGGUGCUUUUGGGCCGGACUCAGGACCAGCUACUCCGGCAUCCAGCCGGCAUACAAGCGAUCUAUUCUCGCCUUCCGAUCCUACCGUAUCUCAUAUGUCCAUGUUGAGCUCCCCAGGCAUGUCUAGCGCGUCAAGUCCGUCAAAAUCAGAUGGCAACAGUACCCCAACCAGCAGACCGCGCCCCGGAGGAAGCCACCGAGUUCUCGAUCGAUAUCUUGGUGCCAAUUUUGACCAAGAAACGCGGGGCGGUGCAGAUUUCCUUGCUAAACAGGGCAAGGUGUACCAACAAGUAAUUCGGACCUUUUUCGAUAUCAAGUGCGACUGUAAGUUUGUUGGUAUCACCGGCCAGUUUUUAUUAUUGCGUUUUUAUUCUGUAUAG